AUGGACGUGGACGAGUCAGGCGCCGAUGCGCCGGACGUGGCGGAGAUGAGCGACGUGCCGCCGCCCCCGGUGCCAGUGGCUGGGCCCAGCGAGCGACGGCGUGCCCGUGUGCAGCUGCCAGAGCAGCACGAGGAUGAGGGGCCCACGUACUACCGCCUGGGGGUGGACUAUCCUGUGGACCCUGAGGAUGAGGAGCUCCACCAGCAGUGUGCGCGAAUCAAGAAGCUGGAAAACUUGGAGGCAGUCGGCGCGAAGCUGAAGAAACUCUGCCUGGUGGCGAACUGUGUCGAGAAGAUCGAGAACCUGGAGACAAAUGUGAACCUGGAACACUUGGAGUUGUACCAGAACCUUUUGAAGAGGAUUGAUAACAUCAGCCACCUGCAGAAGCUCACGGUCUUGGACUUGUCUUUCAACAAGAUCCGUUCCAUGGAGCCGCUUGGUGCCUGUAAGUUCGACCAGCUGGAGCGGCUGUACCUGUCCAGCAACAAGAUCACGGACGUGGAGGGCAUCUUCCAGUUCUCCCACCUGAAGAUGCUGGAGCUGGGCUCGAACCGGGUCCGUGCCGUGCCGUUGGAGAUCGAGGCCCUGGUGAACUUGGAGGAGCUAUGGCUGGGAAAGAACAAGAUCGCCUCCAUGCUGCUGCCCCCACUGCCGCAAUUGCGGCACCUGAGCCUGCAGAACAACCGCUUGGAGCUUUGGGACGCAGCCUUCUUCCGGAACCUGUGCCAGCUGACGCACCUCUACCUGGGCCACAAUAACCUCCCCAAUUUGCCACCAGAGUUUGCGCUGCUCACCGAGCUAGUCGAGGUGGACCUGGUGAAGAACGCCAUCACCCAGAUCAAACCUAUGCCGGAAUUGAAGAAGCUGGAGGAGCUGUGGCUCAACGACAACAAGAUCGAGGACCUGGCCGAGAUCCAGAACUUGGCCUCCUUCCCAGCACUCAAGACCGUCUACUUGGAGAGGAAUCCCAUGCAAGACCUGGGCAACAAGGAGGCAGAGCAGAGGUACAGGGAUGCCAUCCUCGCCGCGGCCCCGAAGAUCGAGCAGAUCGACGCGGAGCGCGUGAACUUUGACAUCAAGGUGAUCUCCGAUGGCACGGAGCGCCACGUGAUGGGCAUUCGCCGUGCUUGA